AUGAAGGAAGACGUGAAGGGAAUUCCUGUAAGAGUAGCACUGCGAUGUCGUCCUCUUGUCCCCAAAGAGAUUAGCGAAGGCUGCCAGAUGUGCCUUUCCUUCGUACCCGGGGAACCUCAGGUCAUUGUUGGUGCUGACAAAUCCUUUACCUACGAUUUUGUGUUUGACCCCUCUGCUGAACAGGAAGAAGUCUUCAAUACAGCAGUAGCGCCACUCAUAAAAGGCAUAUUUAGAGGAUACAAUGCUACUGUCCUUGCUUAUGGACAAACCGGCUCUGGAAAAACUUAUUCAAUGGGAGGUACAUACACUGCAGAACAAGAGAAUGAACCAACAGUUGGUGUUAUUCCUCGGGUAAUACAACUACUCUUCAAAGAAAUUGAUAAAAGGAAUGACUUUGAAUUUUCCCUGAAAGUAUCAUACUUAGAGAUUUACAAUGAAGAAAUCUUGGAUCUUCUAUGUUCAUCUCGUGAGAAAGCCUCUCAGAUAAAUAUACGGGAGGAUCCUAAGGAAGGCAUAAAGAUUGUGGGACUCACCGAGAAGACCGUUUUUGUUGCACUGGAUACUGUUUCCUGUUUGGAGCAGGGUAACAACUGUAGGACUGUGGCCUCCACAGCUAUGAACUCUCAGUCAUCCCGAUCUCAUGCCAUCUUUACGAUCUCCAUAGAGCAAAGAAAGAAAAAUGACAUGAAUAGCAACUUUCGCUCCAAGCUUCAUUUAGUAGACCUUGCUGGAUCAGAAAGACAGAAGAAAACCAAAGCUGAAGGAGACCGUCUAAAAGAGGGUAUUAAUAUUAACCGAGGUCUUCUAUGCCUGGGAAAUGUAAUAAGUGCUCUUGGAGAUGAUAAAAAAGGUGGCUUUGUGCCUUAUAGAGAUUCCAAGUUGACUCGACUGCUUCAAGAUUCUCUAGGAGGUAAUAGCCAUACUCUUAUGAUAGCUUGUGUGAGCCCUGCUGACUCCAAUCUGGAGGAAACAUUAAACACUCUUCGCUAUGCUGACAGGGCAAGAAAAAUCAAGAACAAGCCUAUUGUUAAUAUUGAUCCCCAGAGAGCUGAACUUAAUCAUCUUAAGCAACAGGUACAACAACUACAGGUCUUAUUGCUACAAGCUCAUGGAGGUACCCUGCCUGGAAAUAUAAAUGUGGAACCGUCAGAAAAUCUACAAUCAUUGAUGGAGAAGAAUCAGUCCCUGGUAGAGGAGAAUGAAAAAUUAAGUCGUGGUCUGAGUGAGGCAGCUGAUCAGACAGCCCAGAUGUUGGAGAGGAUCAUUUUGACAGAACAAGCGAAUGAAAAAAUGAAUGCCAAGCUAGAAGAGCUCAGGAAACAUGCAGCCUGCAAAGUGGACCUUCAAAAACUAAUGGAGACUUUGGAAGACCAGGAAUUAAAACAAAAUGUAGAGAUAAUUCGCAGCCUACAGCAACUCAUUACCCAGCUAUCGGAAGAAACUGCUGCUUGUAUGGCUGCAGCCAUUGAUACAGCAGAGGAAUCAGAAGCUCAAGAGGAUAACAGCCCAGAGACCAGCAGAUCUUCUGAUACGUUCACUACUCAGCAUGCUCUGCGUCAAGCUCAGAUGUCUAAGGAACUGGUUGAGUUAAAUAAAGCCCUUGCCCUGAAAGAGGCUCUAGCCAGGAAGAUGACUCAGAAUGAUAACCAACUACAGCCUAUUCAGUUCCAGUACCAGGAUAACAUAAAAAAUCUAGAAUUGGAAGUUAUCAAUCUACAAAAGGAAAAGGAAGAAAUGGUUCUUGAACUUCAGACAGCAAAGAAGGAUGCCAACCAAGCCAAGUUGAGUGAGCGCCGCCGCAAACGUCUCCAAGAACUAGAGGGGCAAAUAGCUGAUCUGAAGAAGAAAUUGAAUGAACAGUCCAAACUCCUGAAACUGAAGGAAUCCACAGAGCAUACGGUCUCCAAAUUGAAUCAAGAGAUACGGAUGAUGAAAAACCAGCGGGUACGGUUAAUGCGUCAGAUGAAAGAAGAUGGUGAGAAGUUUAGACAGUGGAAGCAUCAAAAAGACAAAGAAGUGAUCCAGUUGAAAGAGCGAGACCGUAAGAGGCAAUAUGAACUGCUCAAACUUGAAAGAAACUUCCAGAAACAGUCUAAUGUGCUCAGACGUAAAACUGAGGAGGCAGCCGCAGCCAACAAGCGUCUUAAGGAUGCUCUCCAAAAACAGCAGGAGGUGGCAGAUAAACGCAAAGAGACUCAGAGCCGUGGGACAGAAAGCACUGCAGCUCGAGUAAAGAAUUGGCUUGGAAAUGAAAUUGAGGUUCUGGUCAGUACUGAGGAAGCCAGACGCCAUCUGAAUGACCUUCUUGAAGAUAGAAAGAUCCUUGCUCAGGAUGUGGCUCAACUUAAAGAAAAAAAGGAAUCUGGGGAUAAUCCACCUCCUAAAUUUAGGAGACGCACUUUCUCACGUGCUGAUCAGCGUGGACCAGUUUCUGAGUCAGAGGAUUCUAUCACAAAGCAAAUUGAAAGCCUAGAGACUGAAAUGGAGCUCAGGAGUGCUCAGAUUGCUGACCUACAGCAGAAGCUGUUGGAUGCAGAAAGUGAAGAUAGACCAAAACACCGCUGGGAGAAUAUUGCUACCAUUCCAGAGGCUAAAUGUGCCCUGAAAUAUUUAAUUGGAGAGCUGGUCUCCUCCAAAGUACAGGUCAGCAAGCUUGAAAGCAGCUUGAAACAAAACAAGGCCAGCUGUGCUGACAUGCAAAAGAUGCUGUUUGAAGAACGAAAUCAUUUUGCUGAAAUAGAGACAGAAUUACAGGCAGAGCUGGUCAAAGUGGAGCAACAACACCAAGAAAAGGUGCUGUACCUCCUUGGUCAGUUACAGCAAAGCCAAAUGACAGAAAAGCAGUUAGAGGAGUCCAUCAGUGAAAAGGAACAAAAGCUACUAAGCACACUGAAGUAUCAGGAUGAAGAACUUGAGAAGAUGCGAGAAGUAUGUGCACAAAAUCAACAGCUUCUCCGAGAAAAUGAAGUCAUCAAGCAGAAACUGACCCUCCUCCAAGUAGCCAGCAAACAGAAACCUCAUCUUUCUCAGGAUCUCCUUUUAUCUCCAGAUUCUUCUUUUGAAUAUAUACCACCUAAGCCAAAACCAUCUCGUGUUAAAGAAAAAUUUCUGGAGCAAAGCAUGGACAUUGAGGAUCUAAAAUAUCAUUCAGAGCAUUCUGUGAAUGAGCCUGAGGACAGUGAUGGUGAUACUGAUGAUGGGAAUGAUGAAGAAUGGAAACCAACAAAAUUAGUUAAGGUGUCCAAGAAGAACGUCCAAGGGUGUUCUUGCAAAGGCUGGUGUGGGAACAAGCAGUGUGGAUGCAGGAAGCAAAAGUUGGCCUGUGAUGUGGACUGUAGCUGUGACUCCACUAAGUGUAGGAACCGUCAGACACAAAGUAAGGAUAGCUCAGGCACUGUUGAACGAACCCAGGAUUCCGAAGGCUCCUUCAAACUUGAGGAUCCCACAGAGGUGACCCCAGGAUUAAGCUUCUUCAAUCCCGUCUCUGCCACUCCCAAUCGCAAAAUCUUGAAGGAGAUGUGUGAUGUGGAUCAGGAUUUGUUAACAAACACAGCUCCAGCUGCCUCUUCCCUUGACCUCCCAGGAUCGAAAAAUGCAGCAGCAGAAGCCCAAGAAAAUAAAGCUCCAGGGAAGAAAAAGAAACGUGCUCUGGCCAGCAAUACCAGCUUCUUCUCUGGCUAUUCCCCUAUUGACGAAGAGAACCACUGAAGCGAGACUUGUCAUCUUUGCCCAAGAGUGACUUGGGAGAGGCUUUCAGAUUGCAGCCAGAAGGGGCUUUUAAUUAUUCCUGCGAAUGUCAGGUUUCUCGCUGUUGGAAAAAAGAUACUGAAUAUCACUGAAAGAUAGGGAACCUGCAUGGUAUUUGACACUCAGCCUGCAGCCCUAGACUACUGUUCUUUUCACCAGAGAGGUGCUAAGCGGGCCUACUGAAGAGGCCAACUCCUGACUAGCAGGAAUCAGUCCAUAGUUGAA